CAUGCAGGUUGCAUCGAGCUUCACAGUCAAAUUGGUGGUUUAUUGAUAUACUUUGGUCGACUGCACCUAGUGGUCUCUUACAACCCUUCGUUCAAGUGUCAUUUUGCGGGCACUUUGUUGCGGAGUCAGCCAUCGAAUCACCUCAGAAGCCAUGGAGUACAACAAAGACAUGGCAACCCCAAGCACUGCCAUGGCUUCGGACGACCAUGGGGAAGCCCAUGAGUAUGUACAGCACUCGAAAAUUCCACCUGAAUCCCCCGCAAGGUUCCAGUUCCCAUCUCGCAGGAGCUUUGUCGUCAAACCGGGUUUGUAGAACAUCUUCAUACUCAUCGUCGGUGCGAUUGCAAGCUUCUUGGUGAUGGCCUUCCUUGCGCUACUGUGGGCCGGAGCCGAGAGCGCAAGAAAAGGUGACCCAACGUCCUACAUUUGGUGGUUCAUCGUUGAGAUGGGUUGGGCUACUUGGGUCAUUAAAGUGGCUUCAGUCCUCAUCCGCCUUGCCACCGCCGCUCAGAUGGGUAUCUUUGAGCGAUACCAUGGAUACGACGCACCAUGCUUCGAACGUGGCUGGCUUUGGAAGUCAAGCGGUUGCUCAGGAUGAACAGCUGUAAGGACAACGAAGUAGUGCUGAAGACGGGUGCAGAUAGUGGAAAAAGUCAGGCCGUGUAUCGAAGGGGAACUGGAGGGGGCUAUUAGCUGCGUCUCCGCGCUUGAAGUCAGGCCACUUGUCUGAUAAUGAGGAGACUCAGAGCUUUUGAGACUCUCCGGCGGUCUCCCUAGCAGGGCAGAACGCAA